GCUCUUGGAGCCGAGGUGCCGACCUGCCGGGGCUCGAUUCCGAUGCGCAACUUCAAGAGUCCAGCAUCAUCGACCUCAAAUCUCGCAACCCACGAUACCACGCCUGGUUCAGGAUUCGGCCUCUACCGCCGAACCACAAGAUGAUUGCCCAACGAGUAGGAACGACUGCGCUGCGCCGAGUCGCCGGCAGCCCGAAUGCAUUCUUCACCGCCAACAUAGCCCGGCUCGGGCUGGCCCAGCCGUUGUCGACCACCCAGACGAGGCCCGUAGCGACGCAAAAGCUCACCCCCACCGACGGCUCCGCGAUCCUGGCCCAGCAGCGUCUCAACCGGCCGGUGUCGCCGCACCUGGACGUGUACGACAAGCAGCAGACGUGGUUCGGCGGGUCGAUCUGGAUGCGCAUCACGGGGUCGGCGUUCAGCGGCAGCCUGUACGUGUUCGCGGCGGCCUACCUGGCGGCGCCGCUGGCCGGGUGGCACCUGGAGAGCGCGUCGCUGGCGGCGGCGUUCGGGGCGCUGCCCUUCGCCGCCAAGGGCGCCCUCAAGUUCCUCGCCGCCUGGCCCUUCGUGUUUCAUGCCGUCAACGGUGUGCGCCAUCUGCUGUAUGAUAUGGCGGUGGGCUUUAAGCGCCAGACGAUUGCUAAGUCGGGGUGGUAUAUCUGGGGUGCGUCGAUGGUGGGGGGGUUGUGCCUUGCUUUCUUCCUGUAAGGGGUGCGGUCUAGUGGAGGUAUGAGGGCGGAAAUAAAGUACGGAGGCAGAGGAAGAGAAAGGAGUUAUGGGGAAUAGCGUGGGGCUGAGGCUCGGAGUGCUGAGAAUGUCACGAUUAUGAGCUUGGCGAAAGGGGGUGGGGGGUAGACAAGGAGGAACACCAUGUAUGGACUACACAAUCCGGAUAGGAGCUGUUUCUUUGUCAACACAAACAUACACAUAUACACGAGCAUCGUAGCGCAAGUGAUGGUAAUCGAAAUUA